CUACGGUCGGGAAUAUAGGGUCCCAUCGCCAGCGCCACCCGCCGCGCAUUAUUACGAUCGUGCGGCGUCACCUGCACCGCCGCAAAACCGGCCAUAUGAUUAUCGCGCGCAUUCUCCUGCUCCGAGCCACUAUGACCAGCGUGCACCAUCACCCGCGCCAUCAAUAUUCAAGCCGUACCGGCCAGGGGCAGAGAUAGAGUCUUCCCCUCCACCACCGCCACCACCUCAUCGCCAUGCUCUGAAUCGUGGCGACUCCAAUGCUUCUUAUGAGCAAGCCCCUCGAACUCCAAGGGUCCCUUCGCCGAUGCCUAACACUCCAGGCGCCGAUGGAUUCACGCCUUCGCCUUUGCGCGAGGCCAUGGAUGGUGUAAUGGAGCAGCUGGAUGCUUUGAGUUUGACGAAGUCAGCUCACGGGCCCUCGAAGCCUGCCGCUCUCGAUCCGUGGUCCCCGGAAUCCUUCGAUAUGGUCCGAGAACAAUCAAGGAGGAAAGGUCCUCUGAACAGGCCACACGUACCCAGUGGCCUGGCCCACCAGGACUCGGGAUAUGAGAGCCAGGGUGGUGAUUCGUCACAGCCGAACUCCGCGUAUAUCAACCAGGGCGAUGAUGGCCAACCGCUUCCUCAGUUGAGCAACUAUGUCGAGCGUAUGGAGACCAGGCUGAGGAAGAUGCACACCCACAGCCGCAGCAUGAACGGACUGGACGAGGCAGAUCAAGGUCCUCCGCCUCCGCCGAAGGCCGGUCUGUUCGAAAGGCCCAAAUCAUCGAUGGGGGAUCGGAAGAUCCGAAAGCAGAAGUCGGCGUAUGAUGUCGGACGACAAUUCCUUGGCCGAACGUCGACUACCAAGACCAACUCCACAGUCGCCUCGGCUGGGAACCGUAGUACAACCACCAACUCUAGCACCAACACGCAGAGCACGAACAGGAGUCUGAUGAGCGGCACUUCGGCAGGAGGGAUCAGCGCUACUAGCGCUGGCAGCCUGGCCAGGAAGAACUUUCGAGCUCGCAGCGCUUUGGGGUUCCGUGACGCGGAUGAGGAUCUGGAAGUGGACCGACCCACAACACCCUUUACUGGAGUAUCAUAUCACCCCAGCCAUUCCUCGUCAGGCAUGAGGCCACAAUCGCAAGCAGGCUACCGCGAGGACGGCAUCGGCGGCAUUGGCGGUCUCGUCCAACUGGGUGAAGUUAAGCCGAAGAAGACGAACUUCAUCAAGCGGAUAUUGGAAGCCACCAAGACUGGCGUCGCUAGUGGAAGAAGUAGCAUCGCCAUAGGAGCCAUGCAGUCAUCGGCGGCCGCCCGGCCUAUGUCUGCAGUCGGCAUGUCGUCGAUAUCGGGAGUUGCGAGCACCACGAACCUCAAUGCGGCACGUGACAUGGGCCUCGGCGGUGGUGUCGAUUGGGUGCAAGUCCGCAGAGACGUCAAUCGGUCCAACACUUUGAGCAAGAACGAACGAUCUGAGCGACGCGAUCGAUGCCAGAUGCUCGACUACCCGGCGAUCGACCCUGUCGAUGAGUUGUAUGAAAGCGUCGAGGGCGACGAAGGUGCAGAUGGGCGUCCCGUCCGCGAACCUGUCAAUUACCAAAGCAUCAACCUCAGCCUUGUCGAUAAGAACUCUCGCUUCAUCAGCAAUCUGCCGCCCACGACCACAGCCGUCAGUCUGGCCACCAACUAUGUCUGUCGACCAUACCGCAGUGAGGUGCAAAGACUGCGAGCCAUUUUUACCUGGGUCGCCGAGAAAGUCCACUGGGAGGAGGAUUAUGAAGGAGAGGCCGACACUCGCCGUGUCAUAUCCUCCGGCCGUGGCUGCGCGCAAGAGUAUGCCGUGCUGGUCCAUGAGAUGUGUACAGCCGUCGGCAUACACUCCGAGAUUGUCCGCGGCUACCUCAAGAGUCCUGGAGAAGUGCCAGAGAUCAACAUCAUGCCGCGUGCGAACCACUGGUGGAACGCCGUCCUUAUUGACAACGAGUGGCGCAUGAUGGAUUGCUGUUUGGCCAGCCCUUCCAAUCCCCGCCGUGGACUUUACGUCAGCACCAGCUCAAACUCGGCAGAGUCGUGGUGGUUCUUGGCACGCCCGACCGAGCUGUGCUGGACGCACAUUCCGGAGCACCACAGCCAGCAGCACAUCUGUCCGCCAGUGGCUCACGAGACCUUGCUGAAUCUGCCUUGUACCUGCCCACCAUACUUCAAGAACUCUCUGGCGCUGGUCGACUACAACACUUCGUUGACACGGAUUGAGGAUCUGGAAAUGGUGCACGUCAAGUUCAACGUGCCACCUGACGUCGAGGUUGUCGCCGAGGUUGAGGCUCGCGCAGUUGCUCGAGAUGCUGAUGGUGACUUCUUUGAGAGUGGCGAGACGGUCAAGAAGCGUGCUCUGGCUCAAGCAGAGUGGUUCAAUGGCACCAAGCGGUUCACUGUCAAGGCUCUGCUGCCUGGGGACGAGGGCACUGGAGUGCUCAAGAUCUAUGCUGGCAAGCGUGGCCUCAUGCACAGCAUCAAGGACAACCCGCACCCCAUGGCGUUUGCGAUCCCCAUCAUCCACACCGGCGACAACCCUCCCUAUGAGUUCGUCACACGGCACCCGACGCCGCAUGCUCAGCGCCACGACAUCUACGUGGUGCAGCCGCAGUGCCAGCGCUUAGCGCUGAACAACACUUUUGUGUUCAUGAUCCGACAGCACCCUUCGAUUUCUGCAAGCGACGGCAGCGUGGUCGGUGGAGCCACGAGCCCUAUCCCCUUUGCUCGCCCAACAAGCGCAAUGAGCAUAACGAGCAGCGCGGCUGCGUCGAAUCCGAGCUCCGCGAGUGGGAGCAUUGCCGGCAAGAAGCCUGCCAAGCUCGCGAUCCAGACGCCUGGCGGCAAGAUUUUGCGACUGAUGCGCAAGGAGGAGCGCCAGCGGGGCAUCGGCAUUGGCGGCCGGGCACCAAUGGGCGAGGACGAAAGCAGCGAUGGCGGCACGUGGGAGACGAUCAUCAAGUGCUCCGAGAAGGGCAUCUGGCGUGGUCUGGUGCUUGCCGACCGGACAGCGAGAUGGUGCGUCUUUGCCGAGUGGGUGUGCAUGGGUUGAGACUUGCUCGAUAUGCCAAACACACGAGUGGCGUUGUGCUGGCGGGCCAUCCCAUGGCUGCGUCGCUGGUGUGUUGGGUUUGUUUUGUUUUACGAUUGAUUUCUGCAUGACGCAUGGACGAGGUGUUCUUGUUGUUUUGCGUUGCUACUUCUGGGCCGAGUUGUAACGGACAUCGUGUAAGCGGACUGGACAUAUUCCCCCACGGCAUUUUUUGAGAAGCCCGAGUUUCGGUGCUUUCUCUUGUUUGACUGGUUUGUUGCUGGUGUGCUUUCGAUAAUGCAUCUGGGGAUGACUCAUUGGGAUACGGCGCAUUUUGAAUUUUUUUGGCCCGGGCGAUCUUAGGAAGCGAAUGAAGAAAAAGAAGUGAUUGUCAUUUUAAACAAGCGUGUAUCGACUGUGUGUAUGCUAUGAUGACGACGACGAAGAAGGAACAGAGCACACAAAGAAGCAGUGAAGUUGCAGAAAGCGG